UUUUUUUGCUUCUCCAUCUCACCGUGCACCUGCCUCAGUCAGCACGGCGAUCCUACCAGCUCUCCAUGGAUGGAAGAGGGACCGUCAGCCUCCGCACACAGAUUAACACAGCGGGCUCAAAGGGGCAGGGCAUGCUCUCUGUGUGAUGAGGACCAGCUAAUAAUCUCCCAUCAUGUUACUGCGGCACUGACUGCUACUACCUAAACGGCAGGAUGCGGGCUCCCCUGUAGAAACACACGCGUUGAGAUCACUUUAAUUUGGACUGCACCGACCAUCAUGCCUCCGUCGACUCGUCUGGGUCUUUUCUCAGGGUGAAGAGGCUCUGAAUGAAAACAGAUUGAAUGCACGCUUCACAAGUAGCUAUAGUCUUGCUUGAGAGACUCUGCAGAGCAAGGUAGUAAAAUCUCUUCCUCUUCCUAUUCCACGCCCUGUCAUUAUCAUCAAUAGCUGCCCAGGCAACCAUGUCCCCCCCAGCAUCGGCUGCGACAGCGAGUGAAAGCAGCACCACCACCGUUUUCGAGGAGGACACCAGAGAGGAGGUAUUAUUGUCGAGCAUCUCACAGGAGGAAGUGCAAUUUGGGUAGCGAUGUGUUUGUGGGAUCCUGACGCAGAGCACUCAUGGAUCCAUGUGUACAGUCAGUGUAACACGCUGUCGGUGAUCGUAUUUACCAGAGAUUUGCUCUUGUCAACGACUCUCUGCUACAGGCUCACACAGGAGAAUAUCUAUAAUAAUGCAGUGUAUAUUGUUAUAUACAGAAUAAAUGGUUGGGCACAUGGGGUUGCUGAUUUAAGAAUCUACACCUGCUUUCCAUGUAUCAUCUGCUCUAGUGGCCCAGCAGGUCUGAUCUCACCCUAAUAUCUCUCUUACAAUAACUAUAAAAUAACACACAGAGCUCCAAGGUAUUCUGUUUCUAUCCUCUGCUUGCACAAUGAUUGUCUGGGAACCACAGGGGGUAUCCAGUGUAAGGUUGUUACUACCUGCUGGUCUAAAUCUGCUUAUUAUGCCAAAGGUAGUAUGUUUUUUUUGUGAUCAACCAUAACCACAAUCAGAGAAAUGGUUUCUUCCUUACCUGAAAAGUACAAAGAAUUUAUCUUUUUGCUUUGUUGCAUGACUAGAAAAAUAGUUUAGUUUGCAGCAUGACUUGAAUCAAAAACUGAAAUGAAAUAAAUGCACAUUGACAAUUUGAGGCAUCAUCUAAAAUAAUAAUACAUUCUGUAUUAAAGAUUAGUGAUUGUAUGGUGGCCCAGGAGGUCAACUGCACAAAUGUUUCAUGAACAUGAAAAAGAUUUAACUGAACAAAUUUAUUUUUCACAUAAUUCAAAAACAUCUAAUGUGACACAAAAAUAUUUCAAGAAACAGAAAUAUUGCGUAAAUACAAAGUUUAUGUCCCCAAACACCAAAAAAUUUCAUGUCAGACAUACUUUCAUUAAAUUGCAAAAAAAAAAACAAAACAACAACAACAUAUAAUACAUACAGGCCUAUAUAUUUCUCGAAACACUUUAACAAUAAAAAAAAAUUUAUGCAUUUUCUCAAGUGUUUCAGGGUUUUGAUUUUUGCAAGCUUUUUUUUGCAUUUUCAUGUUCUGCACAUGACAUUUUUUUGGUGGGGGUUGUUUUUGUGGAGUUUAUGAAAUAUUUUUGUGGUAGUUUUUGAGCGUAGUUUUAUUAAUUUGUGUUUAUGACAUAUACUUGUGUGAAUUUUAAAAAUGUUUGUGUAGUUGACCCUCAGGGCCACCGUAAUCUUAAUUGGUUGACAGAGUAAACAGUAAUGGAAUGGACCAGCUAACCCAUUGAGUGAGCCAAUGUUAACUGUUAAAAAUACAGACAGAAUUAGUAAACAGUGUUGUAAAGUGCAUUAAGUCCUAAACUUCUUCUUUUAAAUAAAGGAUUGAUCAUAGAAUAUCUUUUUUUUUAUCGCUCUCUGUUUCUGUUUUGUUUUUGACUCUACAGCAAAGGCCCCUGAAGCAAUCUCUGAGCAAAUCGCUAUGCCGGGAGAGUUUCUGGAAAUGUCUGCUCCUGUCUGUUCUCAUGUAUGGCUGCAUGGGAGCCAUGGUUUGGUGUCAUGUCACCAAGGUGACCCGCUUCACCUUUGACAGGAAAUCCAUGAUGUACCAUGACAGCCCCUGUUCUGAUGGCUAUAUCUACAUCCCUCUGGCCCUCUUGGGCAUGCUGUACUUGGUCUAUCUUGUGGAGUGCUGGCACUGUCAUGUGAAGAACGAGCUGCAGCACAAGGUGGACGUGGAGGGUAUCUACGAGCGCAUUCAGAGGAUGCAGCAAGCCAAACCGUGCAUUUGGUGGAAGGCUAUCAGCUAUCACUACGUUCGCCGAACACGACAGGUCACACGCUACCGCAAUGGAGACGCUUACACGAGUACGCAGGUUUAUCAUGAACGUGUCAACACCCACGUGGCAGAGGCUGAGUUUGACUACAGUCACUGUGGUGUGAAAGACGUAUCAAAGCAGCUGCUGGGCCUGGAGAAGUCUGCACUCACAAAGAUGCGCUUCACCAAGUGCUUCAGUUUUGCAAACGUGGAGUCUGAGAAUUCCUACCUGACACAAAGAGCGAGGUUUUUCACUGACAAUGAGGGCCUGGAUGACUACAUGGAGGCCAGGGAGGGCAUGCACCUCAAGAAUAUUGACCUGAAGGAGUAUGUCAUGGUGAUGUCAGACCCGGAGAGACAUCCCUGGUAUCUGUCCCACUAUGUCUUCUGGUUUGCCUCAUUCCUCACUUUUUCUUGGCCUCUCAGAGUCUUCACAGAGUAUCACACUGCUUACGUCCACUACAGGGUUGAGAAGCUCUUUGGGCAUGAUUACCUCCCUGUGACACCCUGUGAAGAUCGACCAUAUUGGCGUCGAAUUCCUCGCGUUAACACCAUCGACAGCACCGAGCUAGAGUGGCACAUUCGGUCCAACCAGCAGCUGGUGCCCAGUUACUCAGAGGCUGGCUUGAUGGAUCUGGCCCAGUGCCCGUCCAGCUUCAGUGGGAUUCGUCAGAAUUGUGAGCGCUGCCACAGAGCCAUCAGCUGCUCCUCAGUGUUUUCCAGGAGCGCCUUGAGCAUCUGCACUGGUGCCAGCUCCCGCAUCCCUUUCAGCGGCAGUCGUUUCUCCUUGGCGCGCCGCUACGGGUCCCAGCGCAGCUUUUUCUGGAGGAGUGGCAGCUUAGAUGACCAGGAGAGUCCCAGUGAAAACACCCGCUGCCUGUCAGAGCGCCUCAACACAGAUGAAGAGGAGCCCCCAGACUAUGAGGACGCACUUUGCUACCCGGUGCUUAUUGUGCACUGCAGUGAGAAUUGCCACAACCACAGGUCGUUUCACAGAAAUGGCUCCUGUGUGGAGACUUCAUUAUGACUAUGCAGUCACUAAGAAAACACAGUGGCAUUUCUGUAGCAUAAAAACUGUUUGCACAUCUGAAGCAGAGUGUGUGAGAGUCUUAUUGUGAGAUACACACAGUUGUGCUGUGUUGUCACAACAAAUGCCUGAAGUCUGAAUGUGUGAAUCACCAAAGCAAUAACAGUGAUUAGUGAAUGGAGAAAAACGCAACAGAGGUGUGUCAACUUUUUGGAUACAAACUCAGAUAAUGUCUCUGCCUGGCUUUGAAAUGACUGUCAUUUUUCAUAGCUUGUAAGAUCUCAUAUGUACCACACAGACAAAAGUGAAACUGAAGCAGCAGUUACCUCAAAAGACCUUUCAGAGACCAAGGACAAGACUGGCAGGUUUAAUCAUCUUAUUCAUGCAGGAAAUUGUCGGUAACACAUCACAACAGAGCUGAGCGUUAGGAUAAGGUUGAUGCUGUUUGUUAUUGUCAGGACUGGUCAGCAGGAUCAGUUUAACCUUCUCUUUAUUAUAGCAAUAACUGUGAAGUCUAACAGCACCCUCUCAAAUGUAACAUAUCACAAAUACACAUCAGACUUUAUGAACCAAACCCCAAAAGGGGACGAGCGAGCUCCUGGAUGCUCUAUAGAGGAAGUUUGAAUUUUGUCAUUAUUAAUGUGAAUUGUUGUACAUAUCUUUUUUUUUAUGUACAUACUUGUUUUCAGUAACAUGCCUUGUUUAUUUCUACCUUAGGAAUUGUUUCCAAGUAUGCCUUUCAUAAACUGGUUAACACUUACUUUUAAAUAUCGGUUUUAAAAUUGACAUUAAGCAGGUAAAACUAUUUAAGACUGGAUAUGAGAAGUGGGUUUUAGUUGCUUUGGUGCCACUAGCUCAUAAUCAUGCAUUUAAAUACUGUGGUGGUGUGAUAGGCUGGUUUGCAUGCAAAGACUCUUCAAUUUAAGACAACAAAUGAUUUGCCCAAGUCUUACCGAGAUAAUUAUAAGCUGUGGAUCCUUCGGUACCUCACAAGUAUCAGUGCAUUAGAAAGUAUUUACCAAGAUAAUAUUUCCCUGAGAUGCAGGCCCAUAUUCGCAUCUAUUUUUCAACAAAUUAAUAGUAUUAAACAAGCAUGAGAGCAGUGACUUGCCUAUCAGGUGUUAAUAAAAGUCUAUGGUGCAGAUGGCAGUCAAAGCUGAAGAUCAGAGGCACUCUGAUGAAGUAAAAAAUCCUUUAUUUAAUAGGGAUAGUGUUGACGUGUUUCGACUCACCAGAGUCUUCGUCAGGACAUAAGUAAACAAAUUAAAGACACCUAUCAUUUGUAUUUAGGGACAUUUUGCAGAACAUACUUGGUAGAAAUGAAUUACAGUGUUCAUAAAUAUGAUUAAUUUGGUGCUAUAAUCACUUAAAUAAAAAUCGAUUGGUAUUAAUUCAUCUUGAAUGAGUCUUUUAUAGCUACAUAGAAGUGGGUGUACCUCUAUAAAGGCUGCCAUCUUGCACCGCCAGCAGAGACAAACUAACAACUAUGGAGUUUAAUACUUACUAUGCAUCAUAGGAGCUCCAUGUCCUAAAGAGCUACUAUCACCCAACCAGUGAGAGGGUUGAGCAGGGGGAGGUUUUGAACCUAGAAUCUAGCCGCAAGAUUAUAUUCCAAAAUAUUCCCAUUUGUACACACUGUACCUUUAAGGCAUUUGUGAGUUGAUUCAUUUGAAGGGCUCUACCAACUUCUCAUGUACAGGUUUUGUUCUAAAUGAUUUGAUAGAAAUUCAUGUGACUCACUCAGAAAACAAAUAGUAUUCACUUCCUCUGAGGUAACUGAGACUAUUGAGAAUGGAGAAUUUCACAUAAGUGAUGUGCUGCUUUUACAAUGAAUUCCUCCUUUGACUGUUGGUGCUAUAUGGGAGCUCCAGAAAGAAUUGUAUAUUUCUUAUUCAUGUCAAGGACCAACACAUAAAAGUACAGAAGAGUGGCUGGGCAAGGUAUCAAAAAAGAGAGGAGCAAGGUAUUUCAUCAUACGUUUUGAGAAUUGAUUCAAAAUUCUAUUUCUGUAGAAAAACUAAUGUGAGAGAAUAAUGGAAAAAUUGAAAAGGAAAGAUUUGUUUAAAUUUGGACAAUUUUCAAUAAUUGUCUUAACUUUCUUCUCAUAGAGUGAUCCUAAAUAUCAACAAAUCUUUCUCCUCUUAAGUUUAACUACAAGCUCAGACUAUCUUCUGCACGUUUGAAGAUCUUACUUUGGUAACACAGUGUUCCAGUCAGUAUCCACAAGGAAGUUAAACUGAAAAAAAGUUGAUGAAAACAUAUAAAGUUUUAAGUUGAUUGAGGUUUGAAUCUUUGUUGAAAAUCUUGUAAUUUCUGUGACCUCAAAAUGGAGCACUUACCCUGCAGUCAUAUGAGCCACACACUGAUUUUUCUAUUAUUGAUCAUCAAGCAAGUACAUUUCUUUUACUUAGACUGUUGUUCUACCUACUUCCAUGAGAAAACUUGCCGGCUGCUGUGCUGCAGACACAUUUACAUGUCAUCACGUUGGUCCUGUGAUCAGAAAAGGCAAGGAUUGGUUUACAUUGACUCUCCAUAUUAUGGAUAUUAUGGAUUUAUCUGCAAAAAAGAUCAUUACUUCCAUGCUCACAAUUGCAUGAAACUCUUCUGUGUUAUAAACCAUAACACAUUUCUGAAUGUAAACCACCAGCAUAUGAUAUACUGUAGUGUGUGUCCAUACUGUAUCUGUAGUAAUGAAUAAUGCUCCAUUUCUCAUUUGUAAAAUGGUGAUUUCACUCUGCAGUGUAUAUUGACUGUGCUAAGAGAAUGAAAGCACAACUCAGCAAGUCAAUAUCUUUUCUUAAGAGACUGUGGAUGAGAGUAUUUGACUUAUCUGAAGGUUUGCUUACUCUUUGGAGUAAAGUUUACAGGCAGUAUAUGCAAGGAUGAAAAUGCACUCAAGUUUUAAAAUGGACAAGAACUUUAUAAUAAUACUGUUUUUCUAUACCAUCUAACAGGUAUUUAUUGUAUGCAUCCUUGCAAAUAAUAUUUUGUUCUUACAUUGUUUCAGUACUGUAGUGACACAAGUAUUAUGCACUCAGAGUGACACUAUAGACAUUAUGAAUUGUAGUGAAGCUGAAUGUUGAUGUAAAUCCCCUUAAAGUAAAAGAGUAUUGAGGCUGUUAUAUCAGCUCAGACAUAACAACUAAGACAUAAAACAAUACACAACCAGUCUAAGCUUCUCGUAAAAGUGUUCAAACUGUUCUUGUUGUCAUUAUAACUAAACGGGCUGUAUAAAUAACUUGAUAACAUUUAAAAUAUGUAUUCAACUUAAUCUUAUGCUGGAAAAAUAAAAGGUGCAAUAAACUUCUGGGGUGAACCCAUGUGUAUUCAAAACUUUUGCUGAAACCCUGAAAGGAACUGCUUUAUGGGAACAGACACGUGAUUUUCAGCAACACAUUAACAUUUCACUGUGGCAAAUUUUUUUUGUUUGCUGAAUUCAGAGUCUGUGAUUGGUUCAGGGUUUUCAGUAGUUUGCAUUUAGUCUCAUUUAUGUUGCCUGCUGGGAUGAAAUUCUCAAAAAAUAAAUCAUGAAUUUAAUCAAUAAUAGCCGUCAUUUUCUUGUCAGGGAAUUGACAUCAAUUGUUUUAAGCCAAAACCCCUUUGUUAA